CGGUAGGAUGCCUUGCUCCAUUGUACACAUGCUCUGGGAAGGCAAAGGGAACAGCUGUCCUAUGAUAAAGCGUCUUCUCAUCUUCCAUUCUCUCCCAUUGUGUCGGGCUCAUAUGGCUCCUGGCAUGGAUCUGAUGGCCCCGGGUCUUUUAUUUCUUAUUGCUGCUGCUUUUACCUGCGUAUCUGCAAAUAACUCCUACAUCCUAAAGAUGACAUCAGAUGGUCCAAUAACCUCAGGUGCCCUGGCUACUGUCAACGCCAGUUUGGGGAUAUCGAAUGAUGGCAUGAUUCUUAUUGUGGACCCCAGACUUUAUCAUUUCCACUGGAUCUACUCUCCGCUACUGCUCAGCCAACGCACAGAGAAUGACACCAGUUCUGCCUUAACGCUGCAAUGUUAUAGCCCAGGAUCUUACCUGGUUUCCGUCUGGGUAACUGAGAGGAGUUGCCCCUCAUGUGGGCCAAUUGCUAGGAACACUACAGAACUCCAAGUGACAAAAGACAUUGUAGGACAUUUCACAGCAUUACGGCCACAAGUAAAUGGCACAUCCUUAAGCAAUGGCACCUUCCUGGCCACAAACAGCACGGUGAAAUUACUGUUCUCUAUUCAAGACCCAAGUGACUUCUUCAAGUCAGCCGAGUUCAGCUACACAUGGAACUUUGGAGAUAGCUCCACAGUGAGGACAUCAGAGCCCUUUGUCUAUUACAGCUACUCUAAAGCAGGGAACUACACCUCGUCACUCCAAGUCACCGCUCAUCUCCACCACUCCCAAUAUAAACACCACCUUCGGACAAAAACAGGGCAUUUCAAGGACAUACUAAUAUUACAAGAUAUUAUACGUAAUAUUACGAUUGCUGGGCCUACGGAAACCAACACUGAGCAGAAUUUCAGCAUGUCUCUGCAUUUCCUUGGCAGUCCUCCACUGGCUGUUUGCUGGCUUAUGAAGUCCGAUUGUGUGUCUUUGGAUGGAGAAGACUGCCACCCAGUGGUAAUAAAUGACACCACCUACAAUAUAAAACAUGUCUUCAAAACAGCAGGAUGCUUCUGCUUGAGUGUAAAAGCCCAAAAUGAAGUCAGUAUGCUGGUAACACAUUACAGCAUUACUGCUAAUUCUACAGGUGUGCACCCCCUUUGGUUCGUCCUUCCUUGCUGUGCAUUCCUUGCCAUUGCUGUUGGUUACAUCUUCUACACUCUAUUCAAAGCUGCCAGCCCAAACCCACAUACAAAGUCCGUGGUGGAGGUGGCAGAUUUUGAUUUCUCUCCUGUGACAGACAAGUAUGAAACACUUCUGGAAUAUAAGGAAAUUCCUGCAAGAACAUGUUGCACUUACUGCCGAAAAGACAGAACUGACGAAGAAACCGAAGCAGAGACUCAACCGCUGUUACAUACAUUGUCUUCAUCAACUAGGAGUUACACAAUGUAACUCUCAUCUGAUGCUGGUGCUUAUCUAAAGAUACCCAUGCUCAGGUUCAGUAAAUCAUUCAGUAUGGACGAUUCUGACCAUUUUGAACAACUGUCAACCGACAAUGUAUGUUUGUGCAGAUAUCAGCUAAGAGCAUGAUCAUUGGAUGAAUCUCCUCACUCUAGUCUUUAAAGGGAUAGUUCACCUUUACCAAAAAAAAAUGCCUAUACAGUUAAGGACUGUAAGUUGACUACAAUUAACCACUUGCCGACCGCCCACCGUCAUUAUACGUUGGCUGUUUUAAGUGGAAUAUCGUUGAUAUGGCUGCAGCUAGCUGCCAUAAUCCCGGUAUCCACUUAUUUUGCGAGCGGUCGGCUUUCAGAUAAAAGUGGUCUCAGCAGCGGAUUCGCCACAAGAUCACUUUUAUCGGUGGUGGGAGAG